AUGAGCUUUCUUAAUCAACCCCUUGGUCAUGGCAGGAGAGAGAGCGGCUCUUCUGACGACACGAGUGCCAAACUGUCACCUCCUACCAAGCCAGCAAACCAACUCAUUGGUAAUGAGGAAAGCCUAAAUCCAUGCCAGGAUGUUGAAAUCGACUCCAUCAACAAUCCGCAAGAUUUCUUUCCCUCUGAACUAGAAAAUAGUAACUUCGAAGAUAACAUGUGGGGUCGAGACUUACAAGUUGAACACAUGUCUACGGAAUUGACUUUCGAUCCCAGUACGUCUUUUGAUUCCGCCGACUACAAUAGGUUCUUCGGCAGCGGUAUAGAUCGAGUUCCUGAUUUGGUGCCAGGACCCUCCGUCUUUGAGAACACUGAACUUCGACAAUCCUAUCACUACCCUGGAAACGUAGGCUUAGCGAGUACUCGUGGGCUCGGUAUCGACACAGGAAGCCAAGCAUCCCCCUUAUCUGACCCACUAUCUACAUUCACCAAUUUGGCAGACAGAGCAGAAGAAGGGAUUGCUGCCAUCAGGAAUAUUACUCCUCCACAGCAUAUUGGCUAUGGAAACUUAGUCGAUGGAGAUAAUGCCCAGAACAUUAACUCAACCAUCCCGAACAUCGCAACAUCGGACCAUCUUAAGAGCAACCAACAAAACAACAGGAUGACAGGCCCAGGAAACUGGGAAAUUCACCAUGACCAACAGCACCGAAUGAACCACUAUCAACGAAAAAGAGAUCUACCGCAAGAAGUAGACCAAGCCUCGUUCUAUCCAGAAGCUCCCUUGGAAAAUCAACCUCAACCUUUUUCAUACCGAGAAGCUCCAAUCCAGCAUCAAGCAAGCCGGAGCACCUCUCAGAGCACCAAGAUUCCAAACCAGAAGAGCACUAGAAAACCCCAGCAGUCAACCAAGACUCAGGUAGCAGAUAACCUGAAUGUUAAUACCAGCGUCUUCACCGUCCAACCACAACAUAGCGCAUUGGUGUCUGGCGGCUCCUCUGGUGGCAGACCAGCCGCGAAAGACGUUCGCAAGGCUCGAUCUGGUGAAGAAGUUGACAGACCCGCCGUGAGCACCAUAAGCAGCAAUAUUACGAAGCUCAGAGGUGGAUGGUCCCCUGCUCUAUAUGGCGAGCAACCGCUCAAGCUUGAUACUGUACUGUCUGACCCAUCCACAGAUGAGACCUUGCGAGAGGACUGUCUGGAGAUCUUUCACGUGCUCAGCCAAAUGACACGAGGCGAGAGCGAGUAUUUGCCGUGGUUCAAUCAAGUGGAACAGUAUAUAAGCAAACCCGAUGAAGAACUUGAUGCCUUCGCCUCACAUAUCGGUUAUGAAGGUGCCGCGGCGAAAUAUCUAACACAGCGUAGGGCCAGAGAGGCGGAAUUCAGAGGAAUCUGUGAGCGCCUAGAAGCUGAGCAAGCUGGUCAAGCUGGUCAAGCUCAUCAAGCUGUCGGACAAGUUGGAUUGGUUGGACAAGCUGAAAACCUCAGACCAAACCCUGCGGCCAGAUCCAGAUCUGGUCCCAUGAGAAGGAGGCGAUUGGCAUCCUAUCCGAGACGAAGCCGCAAAGACGAAGAAAGUGCCGAGCAGAACCGUCAUCAUUCUUCGCCAGAUAAUAGCCAUCUAUAUCAUUCAGGCACUGUUUCCCCCAGCGUUCAAGUUUCGACAAAACGCCAAAGACGAGAAUAG